CGUUCAAAUUCAAGAUGGCUGCGUUUGGAGGUGAUAAAGUCGUUUUUCUAGACGUGUGGAAAAUUUGAUAAGAAAUUGAUGAUAAUUAUCCGGAUGAAAAUGAGAUGAUAUCAUGAAGAAAAACUACAAUCCGAUCUCGGAUGUUCGAAAUGAAAAUGUUGAUUUGACAAAACGUUUAUACAGAUGCGUGAGUGAUGCUGCCCACCAACUAGAUGAUAUUCGAGGCAACGCGAGAAGUGUUCGCGAACUGUUCGCGCCUAGGGCGUGCAGCUUGCGUGCACGUUUGCGAGACGCUUGCGAACGUUUGCUGCUGCUAGGUGGUGGGGGAGUUGGAGGAGGAGGAGGAGGGGAAGGUGCCACUGCGCAUGCGCAGUUUAGACGCGCAGAGGAGCUAUUGUGGCGGAAAGCCUACUAUGACGUUAUAGCCACUGCCAAACGUAUCAGAAAGGUGGAUAACGGUUCCAGUGACUGGGAACAGGAAGAAAUGUAUCUAGUGGUGGAGCAUAUAAACGCUGGAGUGGGACUUUACCAUCAUAUACUUUGGCGACUUCAGUGUGAAUACCCCCAUGCAACAACCAACGAUUCAUUAGUCUACUUCGAAGAUCUUGGGCUCAAGAAAGGAAUAAAUAACAGUCAUAGUGUUGCCGGCAAUGGAGUAGACAAGAUGGCGGCGACUGGUGAUGAAGUGAGGAGGAGAGGAGAAGGAGGAGAAGAAUGGGCAGAAAACUUGGCACACAGGUGUCUCAUUUACCUGGGAGAUCUUUUUCGUUAUAUGGUGGAUAUUCAACCAGGCUGGGACUAUGGGCUGGCUACACAUUAUUAUACCCAGGCUCUAUUAUGGAAACCGGGGGAGGGUUUGCCUCACAAUCAACUAGGCACAUUGGCUGGAAGUCGGAACUAUUCAUUGGAUGCCGUCUACCAUUACAUGAGAUGUGUAGAGUCCUAUGCACUGAACACCCAUUUUGACGGAACCGAGGGCAAUCUAAAUCAGCUGUUAGACAAGAGUAAACAACAGCUGGAAUCAGCUGAUUUUUUGGUUGAAUCAGCUGAUUGCGCUCUCAAACGCGCUGUGGUGAGACUUCUCAUAUGCGUGCGCAGUUUUGGUUCUGUAUGUGACGCGCUAUUGGUCGAUCUGAGAGAGAGUCUACAUGCUGUGGAAGUGAGUGAGCCAAUCGGAGAGCCCGAUGAUUUACAACAAUUAUUAGCAAUGGGGAAAGCAAUCAACGAGAAACCACAGAAGAUGACUGAAGAAAUGCUAUUCAAAAGUGUCGUCAUACUGCUAAUGUGCCUGCAUAAUCUGAAGAAAAAAGGCAGCAGCGAGCUGUGCCUAGCAGUUUCACUUCAGCUGUCAGUGAUGGCUCAGGUGCUGAGAGAGAUUAUGCUGAAGGUUGAGUCAGUUCUGCCUCCUCCGCAGACUCCCCCACUUCACCCUCAUCACAGACGACGUAGGAGGAGGAGGAGAAGAAUGAAGCAUAGGAGCAGUUCGUGUGAGGAGGUGUCCAGCGGUGGAAGCCAAGGAGAAGAAGUGGAGUAUAUGAGUGACCAGGACUCAGAUGCUAGUGAAGAAAAACUGAUAUUUGACCAGAACAGCAGUGACUCAGACGACGAAAUUAAUGGCAAGGCAUUGAGAGGAGCUGAUUCAGAUGAAGAUGAUUUAGAUGGCAGUGAAAAGCCUCAACGUCACUAUAGAGAUAGUCUCACUUUCCAACAUCUGCACAGAUUGUCUCAACAGGGGUUCCUGCUUCAAACUAUCAAGAUAUGCUUGGAUUGGCUGGGCAGCAACGUGGAGACCCUGAAAUCAUAUGUAACCCUUGCAAGCGACGUGAUAUUGAUAAAUGAAGAGCUAGCAGAUGUUCCCUUACCUGAGGAUGUAUGCCUACGAGAUCUGCCUCCUCUGCUAGAAACUCAAAAACAUCUCAACUGGAGUAAAGCUAAUCACAUGCGCAUCUCGAGUGAGGAAGAGACGUACCUGCGUGUCUACCGAGUGUUGCAAGCUGCGGCGAGGCUGGACCAAUGCGGGUGGUCGCUGAUCGCUCGACGCAAAUGGUUUGUUGCAACAAGCAGCUCUAGACGCCGCGACAAGUUGGUGCAACAUGCAGGAAACAAGUUGCACCGACAAGCUGAUUGCAACAGGUUGCAGCAACAUGGUGGCUACAAGUUGCAACGACAUACUGGAAAUAAGUUGCAGAGAAAUGCUGGCAACAAGUUGCAGCAACAUCCUGAUGGCAACAAGUUGCAGCAACAUCCUGAUGGCAACAAGUUGCAGCAACAUGCUGAUGGCAACCAGUUGCCGCAACAUGCUGAUAACAAGCGAGUGCCUCAGACUGCAAAUGGUCAGGAUAAGAGCAAACUAUUGGGAGAACUAUGGCUCCGUUCAGAAGUGAAUCAGCUGGAGACCAGAGUUAAACAGCGUGGCCAGUCUGCAAAUUUGCCGCCAUACUUGGUACUGGACGCCCCUGCUCUAAUUUCACACCUGGCGCUCGCCAAACAGCUGGUCGCCUCCAAGAAAUUCAUCGUCCUUGUGCCGUCUGUCGUGGUAUCCCUGUUGGACGAGAGAAAGAGAGAGAGCGUGUUGGUGAGGGAGAGCACCCGAUGGCUGGAAAGUCAGCUGAAGGGCGGAAGUCGGUUUGUAAGGGCUCAACGGCCUUCGGAGCAUCUCGCUUUGCCACUUAUCAAGUACCCGAAAAAAAAGGACAAGGAGGCUUGGUUGUUUUUUCAGAUAGUCGAAUGCUGUCAUUUUUUGAGCAACCAGUGUGGCAGCAAAGAGCCGGGUCUAGUCACUCUGCUAACAGGAUCUACAACUCUGCUCAACGGGUCUAACGCCAACGGAUCUAACGGGCCAAACCCCAACGGAUCUAACGCCAACGGGUUUAGUCCUAUCGGUAUAGCUAGCAGUGCAGGCAUCAACAUUGAGCACAUAGAAUCGUUUCACAGCAAGUGGAAAAGCUCGUCGAAAAGUCACGGAUGAAGGAAAAUGGCUGGAAAAAUCUUCCCAGGGGUUUUCCCAGGGGAAGUGACGGAUUGGAAAAUUGAGAUAAAAAUAGAUUGACCACAUUAUGGUGUCGACAAGGAUAUUCUAAAAAGGAGACAGAAGAUAGAAAUCUACUAAAGGAAGAUAAAGGAGAAGAAAGAAAAUAGUAAAGAAGAAAAAAUGAAGG